AUGUCACCCCCACUGCGUCGCAUCAGCCCGUUUGUCGAUAUUGACUUUGCUCUGCGGAGCCAGUUCAACAAGACGUCCUUCCGCCCGCCGCAGCGCGAGAUCAUCGUUGCCGCCCUCGAAGGGUACGAUGUGGUCGUGCAAGCGGCCACCGGCUUCGGCAAAAGCCUCUGUUUCCAGCUGCCGGCCGUGAUCAACAGCGGAGCAAACCACUGCCGGCAGACCAACCAGGUGGAGGCUCUUCGUGCUGCGCGGAUCGAUGCACGCACACUCAACGGCUGCACCUCGCCAGCGGACAAGGCCGACAUCUACCGCGACCUGGGCUCGGCGCACCCACGCACCCGUCUGCUGUAUGUCACGCCCGAGCUGUGCUCCAGCAGCAGGUUCCGCCGGCACAUGCAGCUCGUGCACCGGCAGUGUGAGCUGGCCCGUGUGGUGAUUGACGAGGCACACUGCAUUUCGGAAUGGGGCCACGACUUCCGGCGCGAUUUUGCGCAGCUGGGCUGGUUCCGCGCAUCCUUUCCCAACGUGCCCAUCAUGUGCCUGACGGCGACGGCCAACGAGCCAGUCUUGCGGGACAUUCUCGACACUGUCCGUCUUUCCCGGCGCGAUGCGCCCCAGGGCCCCCGCUUGAAAAUGGUCCGGCUGUCGCCGUUCCGGCCCAAUCUUCACUUGGCCGUGCGGUUCCUCGCCAGCAAUGACGAUGGCGACCAACACCGAUUCGCAGACUUUGCCACGUGGUACAAGGACGCGCAAAAGAACGAGCUGGCGCGGCAUCAAAGGCGAAAACGAGGCCGGCUGCUUGUGCGAGCGGCAGGCACAGCCAGAGAGCCGCCGGCCACCGUGGUCGUAUCGGGCAUCAUUUACACGUUGUCCAGAAACGAAUGCGAGCUGCUCGCGAUGGCUCUGCAAAACGAAGGCAUCGGGGCCCGGCCGUUUCAUGCACAGCUGUCGCGGGACGCCAAGAAAGAGACAAUGGCACGCUGGCUGAGCGACGACCCGGACUGGGCGGUCAUUGUCGCAACAACGGCGUUCGGGAUGGGCGUCGACAAGCCGACGGUUCGCUUUGUUGUGCACUGGCGACUCCCCAAGUCGUUUGAGGGCUACUGCCAGGAGAUUGGGCGUGCUGGUCGCGACGGCCUGCCGGCCAGCUGCAUCCUCUACUACAGCCGGGGCGACGGCGAGCGCAUCUCCAGUUUUGUGGCUCGAAGCGGCACACGAGCGACGGCCAGCAAGCACCACGCCGCCCGGCGAGCGAGCUUGAAGCGGUUGGUCGAGUACUGCGAGGAUACCGACGGGUGCCGCCAUGCAGCCGUGUGUGCGUACUUUGGUUUUGCGCAUGGGGCGGCAUGCCGUUAUGCCUGCGACUGGCAUACCGAUGCCAAGUCUCUCAAAGCGCAAAAGAGAAAGCAGCUGGGUGAGGAGGCGUGGGCGUCGGGCGCAGUGUUUAGCCAGGCAGACGAAUGCGACGAUAUUGACGGUUGA